AUGGUUGCUCCUUCAUGUUCAAAUGGUAGUUUCGUUGAUCACGAACUCUCUACGGUGUUGGACUCGACAUUUGCGUUCGAGGGUCCUGAAAAACUUUUAGAAAUUUGGUUUUGGAAAUCGGAAGAUCAUAUCCCGUUAAACUAUCCAAAAAAGGGAUUAAGAUCAAUUCCUGUUUGUCAGUGGACUGAGAUGCUUGACCUUGUAAAUUGUAAGAUAUUGUCGAGGAAAUCAUCAUCUUCUGUUGAUGCUUAUUUGUUGAGCGAAAGCUCUCUAUUUGUAUUUCCACACAAACUUAUUUUAAAGACUUGCGGUACUACUACAACUUUGGGAUGUCUCAAAAGGCUCUUCGAUAUUGUGACGGAAUCCUACUUCAAAAACAAGGUUAUAUUUAAAAGUUUUGACACUUUCAGGGUUUUCUAUUCUAGAAGGUCGUUCAUGUUUCCUGAUAAGCAAGAGGACGUUCACAAGGACUGGAAAUUCGAGGUGUCUAAGUUAAAUGACUAUUUUGCGAACGGUAAGUCAUACGUGGUGGGAAAUUGUGCAAGUGAUGAUCAUUGGUAUCUUUAUACUGGUGGCUGUGAUUCUGUUAGUGCAAGUAAAGACCAGACUUUUGAGGUUUUGAUGACUGAGUUAAACCAGGAGAAGGCGGCACAAUUCUGUACCUCGAGAACUCCUGGAGAGCUUGCUUCUCUGUCAGACUCUAAUGCUUUACAUGACUUGGGUCACGAUAUUGGUAAAAAGAUGAUGAUAGAUACCGAAUUGAAUAUGUUGUUUGGAUCGGAACAAAGCUCUACACAUUUACCUUCUCCAUCUUUGUCCGAUUCUAUGGAAUUAGAAGAAGAUGCACGUCUGGGAAAAGUUAGUUUUCAGCAUGAUUCUUUUUCUUUUACUCCUUGCGGGUUUUCAUCGAACUCAAUUAGCUCAGAUGGUUUUUAUUAUACGCUACAUGUGACACCGGAAGCAGGAUGGUCUUACGCCUCUUUCGAGACUAAUUUUCCAUUCUCGGAUGCUAGCUAUUGUCAAAAUCCAGUCGAUUUACUAUUGAAAAUAUUAGCUACUUUCAAGCCAGGCAGAUUUUCUCUAACUUUAUUCAGCGCACAAUUGGACGCACUGGAUGAAGGUUUUGAUAGUUUGCAAAAUUGUGAUAUUGUUUUGAAAAAGCUUGGUUACAUUAAGCAAGAGAAGAUUUUGUAUGACUUGAUGAAUGAUAAUAAACUACUAUACUUAAAUUUUCAUAAAAGAAGAUGA